AGGGCAGAAACCUCCUUGGCUGGACCUGUGGACCAUGGACAGGGAUCUGAGUGACGAGGACAGUGUGGUGGACCUCAGCUUCGAGGCUGAGAGUCCUCUGACACCCCCAGCUGAACUCCUGGAGAGGUUGCCCAGCUAUGACUGCCUUUUUCAAGGAGGUGGACAGCAGAUAUUCUUCCCACCUUUGGAGGCCCUGGGGAGACCCCAGGAACCAAGGUGCUGGUCCUCAUUCCUGGAACACAGAGUCCCCGUGGUGACGGAGCAGGUGGCACGUGAAGCCCUCCUCAGCUUCGUGAACUCCAAAUGCUGCUAUGGCAGCUCAGCUGCAGGCGACCUCAUCAUCCAGGAGCUGAAGCAGCAGACCUUGUGCAGGUAUCGACUAGAGACUUUCAGCGAAUCCAGGAUAAGUGAGUGGACAUUUCAACCCUUCACUAAACGCUCUGUGGAUGGGCCACAAAGAGGGACCUCCCCCAGGCUUUGGGACAUCAAGGUCCAGGUUCCUCCGAUGUUUCAGGAAGACACCAGGAAGUUCCAAGUCCCUCACUCAUCACUGGUCAAGGAAUGCCACAAAUGCCAUGGGCGUGGGCGCUACAAGUGCAGCGGCUGCCAUGGAGCUGGCAUGGUGAGGUGCCCUUCCUGCCGUGGAGCCAAGCGCAGAACCAAGCAGCCCAGGAGGUGUCAGAUGUGCUCGGGGUCUGGCAGGCACAGGUGCAGCACGUGCUCAGGGAGGGGGACCAAGACUUGUGCCACCUGCAAGGGGGAGAAGAAACUACUGCACUUCAUUCAGCUGGUCAUCAUGUGGAAGAACAGCCUGUUUGAGUUUGUGUCUGAGCACCAGCUGAACUGCCCCGGGGAGCUCCUAGCUAAAGCCAAAGGAGAAAACCUCUUUAAGGAUGAAAAUACAACGGUGUACCCACUUAUCGACUUCCCCCUGAGGGAGAUCUCGCUGGCCUCCCAGAGGGGCAUCGCCCAGCACAGCGCCACCUUGGCCUCCAGAGCCCGAGUCCUUCAGCAGCGCCAGACCAUUGAGCUGAUCCCCCUCACAGAAGUUCAUUACUGGUACCAAGGAAAGACUAAUGUCUACUACAUCUACGGCACCGACCACAGGGUGUAUGUGGUGGACUACCCUGAGCAGUACUGCUGCGGCUGCACCAUCAUCUGACAGGGCACCGCUAUCCCCAUGGCCCGCCGGGGAAGACAACCGAGAUCUCUGAGUUCUGUCAUCGUUGGCUGCAUGGGACCACACACAAACCCAGGGUGUCUGUCCUUCAAGAGAAUUCAGCUCAUCGUCUGUCAAGCCACAAGUCUUUCUGGAACACCUUUGGUAGAAUCUAUCACAUGUUUAACCUGCAAGAACUCAACUUCAUGUAUUUCUUUAGAACAGAUCAUUUAACGGCGGGGGCUUUGCCCCUGGCCUCCAGGCUAAUUAAUGCUCUGACUGAGCGCGUGCCUUUGAUGUCGCUGUUUCCUGGGUCAGUCUCAGCUCCGGUGUGCCUCUUCUAGUGUGAGCCAUUUGCCACGCUGAGUGUUAUUGAAAUGUUUAAAGAUACACACACACUGGCUGCCCCUGAAUGCACACCAAA